AUGGGGAGUCCCCACGUGAGAGAAACUCACACAAAGAGUUCCAUUAAAAGGGCCGAAAAAAAAAAGGAUGCACGUGGUGAAAGAGAAACAAAAACAGUGAUGAGACAGUUCGUCCUGCCAGAAGGAGGGAAUUAUUUUCCAAACGAUGAACUGCACAAGUCUGCAAAUCUUUCCUCACGCGGGUGUACAGGUGAAGAAUCAUUAAAGGAAGAAGCAACGACACGACCGUCCGAUCGAGUUAAAGGUACACACCUGAGUGAUUUUUUUAAAAAAGGGAGGAAUAAAAAAAUUAAUACUACAAAUUGUGCAAAUGUGAAGAAGACCCCCCGGGGGAAAAACUUCUCCACGUCUCAACGUUGGGAGGUCCACGUGGGCGGGCAGGCUGAAUCGGAAUGCUUAAAUGAACACUUCGUGAGGAGGGACGAUCCGAUCCAACCAUUUGAUGAAGGCUGCACACCGUUUGGGGAUCCAAACAAAAGGGAAAGGUCAGCGAAUGGAAGGCAUCACCUUAGGGAAAGCAUUCUCCGUGACUCCCCACCUACGGGGAAGAAAAAACAUAUUUUCUGUGAAAACCUCUUCUAUGGGCAACCCACCCAGGGGGGUAAUAAAAAUGGGAAAGAGGAAGAAAAUUCGUUCCCCCUACAGAAGGUCAGGAGCCUCAACGGAGGACUAACAAAUCAUGGUGAAACAGAGAGACAUCCUUCCAUAAAGGAAAAGAAUAACACACCUGCAUAUAUAACAAAUGCGAAAAGAAUCUCAUCGGUGAAAUUGAAGAACCAAUCCAGUGAUGAGCUAACCGGAGUAUCAGACGAAGUACCCAACUGGGAAAGGACGGGCACACAAAGAAACGGAUCGGUGCAUGUAAAGUUUGAUCCACCUGAAGUGCAGACAAAUGGGGACUCUCCCAAAAGGGACGAUAGGAACACUCCACAUGGUGAAGGAAAACACAAAUUCAGCCUUAACCAUUUUUAUAAUAACUACUUGAGGAACAGGUCGAAAUGGUCUCUCCAGCUUGCUAGGAAAAAUGCGUUGGUACGGGCAGGGAGUCGUGGGUCGGGCGGACCUCUUAACAAUGAAGUGAGUACCCCUACAAGGCGGCCACCAAGUCGAUUACGCAACAGCGAAAAUGGGCUGUCUACUAUCCGCACCGAUGAUCGAACUGACCGCUCACCCACCAAAGCAGCCAACAGAAACAUCCGCUUCAAGAAGAACAAACUGGUGAAGCUCUUCCUAGAAGGAAACAACGUCUACGUGGAAAAUCUUAAAGUAUGCCCCCGUGAGGAGAGGAAAAAACAUGUACUGUCCAACUGGAAGAGCGCCAAAAUUACGGAGAGACCCAUCUUGAGUUUACCCAAUGAACCCAUUCCCUUGAGCGAUUUGGAAAGUCACAAAUAUAAGGUAACGAAUAAUUUGCACGUGCCAAGGGUAAGGACAGAAAAGGAAGACAUCCAUUUUUUAAAAUUCAAAAAUACGUGGUAUGAGCUUCUUUUCUACACCAGUAGUGGUGGUAGCAGAAGCAGGGAAAGUCUCUACAACCACAUGCUCAUGAGACUUAACUUCGAGCUGUUGGUUCAACCCAUAAAGGACAUAGUCCUGGUUGACCAGAAUACUCUAUCGUUUAGUUACCCCUACAUUUAUAACGCCUAUUUGGUUCCCCCUCUGGAUGUGCACGACACGGGAAACUCGCUCCGCAUUCAGAAGGCCACAAGCGACCAUGCGCUCAUAAAUAAUGGCUCCUGGGUCUUUUUCAAAAAGGAGGAAAAAGGGAAGGGCCACCGCAAGAAGAUGGAACGAGGGACUCCAACUGGAGGAGGAGUAAAUGGUGUAAACGGCAACGGCAUAACCGAUCGACCAGCCAAUUACCUUAUAAACAUGCGGCGAAACAGAUACUUCGUGGAUAAAUGCUCCUUCAGGUGCGCCAAGAAAAGUUACUUGGUCUCUUUGAAAAGUGCUCCUUCUUCCCCAGUGGAUCUCACCAAAGGAGGAAUCGACCCUCCCUUAUUCGAACAACCCACGGGGGGAAUAACUCUUUCCAGGGACAUUACCACUGAGAAGGUGAGAAAGGCAAAGACGCUGCCCAUUGGGGGGAAAAGUCUAGAAGACGUAGUACCGAUAAGCGGCGCGAAACAGAACUACAGACGCAAUGCCCAUACGAAUGGGCGUCAAGUGGGGAAUUUGAUUAAGAGGGAUUCACUAAAAAGGGGCACCACUGUGAAGGACGAUACUACAACGGAGAAGUCAAACAUAGGACAGGGGAAUGUGAGCCCCCCGAGCAACUCCCUGUUCGACUGCUCAUGUGUCUAUAUGACCCAUGUGAACAGCAACAUAGAACCCGUCUUUCCCUACACAUGUAAGAAUAUAUUUUUCCUCUUCCAGUAUUACCACAAUUAUCUGAAUGGGGUGAUCAGAUAUUUCAGGGAGGAUAAGGUGGGAAGGGGGCUACUGCGUGCCCAUCGAAAAGGGGAAACCCUUCCACCUCCAGUCCCGCCGCUCAUCUCUUCGCUCACCUCCCCGCUUACCUCAUCGCCUACCUCGCCGAACGGACAGGGCAGCAAAACGGCCAACAUCCCAAACGUGAAUAAUUUUAAAAUACGCAACCUCAUAAACGCAAAGCUGUACGACUCCGUUUUCAGUUACGUGAAAAAAAAAAAUUUAGAAAAAGUAAAGGCGUACAACACAGAAGGGGGGAGGAGGAGGUCCCCCCAAGUGCCCAUAUUUUUAUGGGUCAUUUUUGGAGGGAAAGAUAUGAAGUCCAUCGACUCACUAAACACCGUUUAUAAGAUUCUCCGGUACGCCACAGAGAUACCUCCCUCUGAAUAUAUGAGAUAUGUGGCUAAAUUGGAAAGGAGGAAAAUAAAAAAAAAUUUGCACACCAAGUGGAGCAAGAAGAAGGAAGGGGCCUGUCCAGACGGGGAAGAGCAGCGGAAAGGAACCCCAAAGAGGGGAAUUCCACCUGAACAGGAAUAUGACUCAGCGAAUGAGUUCUUCCCCAAUUUAGCAACUCAGCGUCGUGUCAACGGGCCAAGCGAAACGAACAGUGGGAGCCCCACCAAGAGGGGGGGAAAGGAAAAGAAAAAAUUGCCCCAAUUGCCCUCAAAUAUCUUCUUCCACAAAAAUCUGUACAAAAACGCUACAGAAAUAUACGACCGAAUUGUGACCUACUACGAGCAGUACAAUGAGAAGUGUGAUGCGUUUGGGCCAGACAACUAUGGUAAUUUUUUGGACUACUACAGGGAAAGGGUGCGUGGUUCCACGGGGGACAGCGAGGGGGAGGAUGCACAGCGGGGGGGUGACCCUCAUGGGGGAGGUCACCUUGGAAACAACCCCCACGAGACGAAUAACAACGAAGAUGAUGCGUAUGACUUCUUCAUAGAACGAAGCGACAGCGAAGGGGACGACAAGGACGAGCUGUUCGACUUCAUUUCCUACCACAUGCAGGGAAGAAACCCUUCGUUUGAAAAAAGCGGGGCGGAAGUAAAAGAAGGCAAGCUGAAUUACACGGAUAUAUACGGCCCGCUAAUCUACAAAAAAAGGAAUAAAAAAAACCCAGUUAGGUAUUCAUUCUUGCUGCUGGACUACCCCGCGUAUAACAACAGCACGGGACACCCCUCACCCCUGACCUUCAAGACAAGUGCCCUGGCGGCGCUGAAGGAGGCCUUGAAGGAGCUUCGCAGGGGGGACCACCCUAAUGCGGAAAGAGGGAAUAAAGGGGAAGGCGAUGAUGACAGUAUUAGCAGUGUUUGCGAGGGAAACGGUAAUACUAGGGUUGACGAUUAUAGCAGUAAUAGUAACGUUGGUGUAUCUAUUAACAUUCUGGGUUACUCUCUCGGGUGCUGCGUCGGCCUGCAGCUGCUGUUGGACAUUGCGAAGAGCCUCUACAACGACUUCUUCCAAGGGGAGAGCAAAACGCCAUUUCAUCGAAAGGAAAGGGAGCCCAUUAGGGAACCCCCAAAUGAGGGAAACGAUUUGUCCAUCAAGCUAAACAGUAGGAGGAACAACAAAGUUAAUGAAUACGUGUAUGACGCGCGGAAAAUAUUAACCUUUGGGGAUGUCUUUGUGAGUAGACGUUCUUCCUCAGCCAUUGAUCCGGAGGCAAGUAUCGAAAGGGAAGAAGAGAAAGACGAUCUGAAAGACCAAAAAGUUAGGAAAUACCCCCCCUGUAAAACACAUUCUUACGCAGAACUACACCAACGGAGAAGUAGUAACUACUGUUGCAGCGUUACCAACUAUCAACAAAGGAAUAAACUCAAAGUUGAGAUUCACAAAAAUGAAGUGUGCAAAAAUGCAAGUUGCAAAAAUGCGGGUUGCAAAAAUGUCCCCAAAAAAAUCAGAAUAAAUGAAAGCCUGCAAAGUGUAAAGCAGAGAAAGAAAGAGGCGGAAAAAAUGUUAUGCAACGAAUUAAACAUAACUGUAGAUAGAGUCAUCCUAGUUGCACCAUUUACGAACACGCAGAAAUUGGUGAAAAGCAUUUUAAGAAAUAGUGUGCUAUUCUUACUUAGCUGGUUUGUCAUGAAUAAAAAAUGUCCCUAUGUCCACUGGGACAACAUUUCCGUUCUGAAAGAAUUUUUAAAAAUACUAUACGAUUUAAAAGGAACAAAACAUUUGAGUAGCAUUUUUGCAAACUUGCAAAUUUAUUUUAUCCAUGGAGAGAAAGACACACUGGUCAAUUAUCAGAUGAGUUUAAAGCUAUAUAAACUUACAAACACACUUACGUCAAAAUAUGCCCUACAUCAUGUUAAAUCUUUUCUGUAUAUUUUCAAGGAGGACUGCCAUUCGUCCAUCUUUAACACUGAGGGAGAAAAUAAAAUUUUGCAAAUUAUUUUUAAGCCCCUCCGAUUGCAUCCCUUCAGCACAACUAACAUACACAAAUUGCAUUUCAGUCUAUACAGGGACAUUUAUUUGUUGAAGACCGCCUACUUGCAGUACAUCUCUGCAGUGACGUCUAAGUUGCUUCGUGCGUGA